ACUUAACACUCUAACAAUGACAAAUCAAAUCUACAAACAAGUAUUUUCCUUCUUCUUAUCCGUUUUACUUCUCCAAUCUAGUACUGUCUCAUACGUCCCAAAGUCAUUUGACCUAAAGAAACCAUGCAAGCAUUUCGUCCUCUACCUCCAUAACAUCGCCUACGACGGUGAUAACGCGGCAAAUGCCACGGCAGCAACAAUCGUGAAACCUUUGGGACUAGGGGAUCAUAGUUUUGGGGAGUUAAUCAUAAUUAACAACCCUGUGACACUGGACCAGAACUAUCUCUCGAAACCAGUGGCUCGUGCCCAAGGCUUCUACUUUUACAACAUGAAGACAAAUUACAACGCUUGGGUCGCUUGGACAUUGGUAUUCAAUUCGACAAAGCACAAAGGGACAUUUACCAUAAUGGAUGCAAAUCCUUUUGGUUUGCAGCCGGCCAGAGAUCUAUCGAUCGUUGGUGGGACUGGUGACUUCCUCAUGACUCGUGGGAUCGCUACAUUCAAGACCAAACUCACUCAAGGCAGUAAGUAUUUUUGUGUGGAAAUGAAUAUUAAACUUUAUGAAUGUUACUAAUAUGUGUCUUGGGAUUGAUCUUCGUGUGUUGGCAGUUUAUUUGCUUUCUUUGUUUUUAGUUGAUGUUGUUCCAAAUUUCAAUAAAUGGUAUUGAAAUAUGUUUGUAACGAGUUAAUAAUUAAUAAGACAGUCUUUUUUUGU